AUCGUAUUUCAACCGAUCGAGUUCUCACCACACAAGCUUUCCCCGUCAUCAAUUUGGGUACCGUAUAGUAAGAGUAACCCAGCCAACCUAUAGACAGAAAAAAAUCAUUCACCAUCCCAAGCGCUCCUCCUUGGCUGUUGGUGGGUGAGCUAAAGAGAAUCUAGCUAGCAUUUAUGUAUGUUUUUUCUUGUUAGCCGUGUAUUUAUGUAAUUACGGGUGUUUGGCUACUUCAAUCGUAUCCCUCGUAGGUCCAAAAUGCCUAACAUAAAGAUAUUCAGCGGCAGCUCUCAUCCGGACCUUGGCCAGAAAAUUGCGGACCGCCUGGGACUUGAACUGGGGAAGGUUGUGACUAAAAAAUUCAGCAAUCAGGAGACAUGCGUGGAGAUUGGGGAGAGUGUCAGAGGAGAGGAUGUCUACAUUGUCCAGAGUGGUUGUGGUGAGAUUAACGAUAACUUAAUGGAGCUCCUCAUCAUGAUCAAUGCCUGUAAGAUUGCCUCUGCCUCACGAGUCACGGCUGUCAUCCCCUGUUUCCCAUAUGCAAGACAAGACAAGAAGGACAAGGUGGGGAGUCGGGCACCUAUCUCUGCAAAGCUGGUGGCCAACAUGUUGUCAGUGUCAGGAGCCAAUCACAUUAUCACCAUGGACCUGCAUGCCUCGCAGAUACAGGGGUUUUUUGAUAUCCCUGUGGACAAUCUAUACGCUGAGCCAGCUGUGCUGAAAUGGAUAAAAGAGAACAUCAAUGAGUGGAAGAAUUGCACCAUUGUGUCUCCGGAUGCCGGAGGAGCAAAAAGGGUCACCUCUAUAGCAGACAGGCUGAAUGUGGACUUCGCUCUCAUCCACAAAGAGCGAAAGAAGGCUAACGAGGUGGACCGCAUGGUCCUGGUGGGGGACGUGAAGGACAGAGUGGCCAUCUUGGUUGAUGACAUGGCAGACACCUGCGGCACCAUCUGCCAUGCUGCAGAUAAGCUCGUCUCUGCUGGAGCUACAAAGGUCUACGCUAUCCUGACCCAUGGGAUCUUUUCAGGCCCUGCCAUCACCCGCAUUAACAAUGCCUGUUUUGAGGCUGUGGUUGUCACGAAUACCAUCCCACAGGAGGACAAGAUGAAACACUGUUCAAAAAUACAGGUUAUUGACAUCUCCAUGAUCUUGGCAGAGGCUAUUCGCCGGACACACAACGGAGAGUCUGUGUCGUAUCUCUUCAGCCAUGUUCCCUUGUAACCUGGUGAACCUGGUGAACCUGUACCAAAGGAGGGAUGUCUGGAGCACCACAAUCUCAGCCCAUUCAUUAAUUUCCCGUGUCAAGAGAAGGGAUGGAAGUAGUUAGUAAAUACUCCUACCGUGGGGUAGGCUACUUUUUCCAAUAUUCUGUUAUUGCACUGGCUAUCUACAGGUUUGACCUUUUUGACUUGUCAAAUGCAGAUUUGAGUUACUUGGUGUAAUAAUAUGCCAGGUUGUUGUUACAUAUAAGCAUUGUCUAUUGUAAGAUUGACAGUUGUAGUUUACAUUGCUGCUGACGCCCCAUUUGAGAGAAACGCUCCAAGAUGGCUAGUUCUGUUUUAUGAGCUUGUUUGUUUUUUGUCACUGAUGUUUUUUUAUAUUGAGGGGGACUUGAAAUGUGAAGCUCCCCACUUGCAUUUCCUAGACAGUAUUUUUAAUUUUAAGACAAAGGUGCUUUUGGCACAGUUGAUCAAGAAUAAAGCAGUGUGUAUUGUUUACAUCCUUGCUUUAGUUAGUUAAGCUAGUCUUCAGUUGUCUUUAUGCUAAAUAAGCUUGUUUUUCAUGCGAUAUUCUAGGAAGCGCUUGCUGUUCACAAUUCUGUUAAAGUGUCCUUAAUUCUAUGCCUUGGCAUGUUGAUACCAUGAUUUAAAUAUUUAGUUGCAUGGUUUUAUGUAAUUGUAAUCAAAGCAUCGCUUGCUGUGCGAACACACUGUGUACAAAACAUUAGGAACACCUUUGCAGUCAAUUUGUCUGGGUGUGGACUGUACAAGGUGUGAAGUGUUCCACAGGGAUGCUGGCCCAUGUGUGAAGUUUGGCUGGAUGUUCUUUAGGUGGUGGACUAUUCUUGAUACACACGGGACGCUGCUAAGUGUGAAAAAUGCAGCAGCGUUGCAGUUCUUGACUCAAACCGGUGCAUCUGGCACCUACUACCAUACCCCAUUCAAAGGCACUAAAAUAUUUUGGUCUUGCCCAAUCACCCUCUGAAUGGCACACAAGCCAUGUCUCAAGGCUUAAAAAGCCAUGAACCUGUGUCCUCCCCUUCAGCUACACUGAUUUGAAGUGGAUAUAACAGGUGAUCUCAAUAAGAGCUAGCUUUCACCUGGCAAGUAUGUCACAGGUGUCAAACUCAUUCCACGAGGGCAAAGUGUCUGCUGGUUUUUGCUCGUCCCUUGUACUUGAUUGAUGAAUUAAGGUCACUAAUUGGCAAGGAACUUCCCACACCUGUUUAUCUAGGGAUUAAUUGAAAGGAAACCGGAAACCUGCGGAUACUAGGCUCUCCGUGGAAUCAAUUUGAAACCCCCUAGUCUUUCAUGGAAAGAUUUUGUACACCGUGUAUACCUCAUGAAUGUGAUUCAAUGUCUCGUGCACAUCUGCCAUCUUUUAUUCGUCAAGCAAUAAGGCCUUUAAUGCAUGGAGCUUCUAAUGUUGCUGUCACAUUAAUUUAGCUUUACUAACCCAAGUGGUUUUGCGAGGUAUUGGAAAGUACAAAUUAUUAAAGGAACUUCAGCGCUCAAACUCGGGAAGCCUUCGGGCACUCGCUGCUUGGGGUAGCAUGCGCCCCUUCAACUUCAGUUUAGUCUUCGUCCAUUUAGAAAACGAUUGCUUGAGCAGCUCAAAAUCCUGCGUAUGUGUAAGGCCUAAUAUUUUCUCUUUUUGAUUAUAAAGUGUUGUCAGCCAUAACUCUCAAACACGACUAUCUGCUUUAAUAACUGGUAAGCGCAAUACACUGCAAGGCCGUUAUUCCCUAGAAUCAAAUCUUUAUGAUGUUUUUACUGUUUAAAUUAGUCUGAUUUUUGAGCUGAAACUAACUCCCUUUAAAACCCAGUCAACUCUAAGAAAGACAUCUGCAGAUUGAUUUGGGGAUCCUUGUUGCCUUACAUGGAAAAUGUGCAGGAUUUAACAUUGCUUCCAUGAUAUGAGAGAUCCUGCCCUCCACAACAUGGAUACUUGAAAUUGAUUUAUUGGGUUAUGAUUUUGGAACAAUAAAAUGAUCUGUAAGUUUGAA